GACAAAUGAAUUUGGCCUAAUAAAUAUAACAACGAGAAUUACCGGCGAUUGGAGCUAUUUUUUUUAUUACUUUUGACAGCCACCGUAAUCGCCACCGCCAACAUUUCCGGCCGCUCCAGAAUCUUCCUUUCAUUCUCUUACAGCCUGUUUGGAUCGACAAAAAACUCAGGAAUUGGAAUUCCAUUUUCAAUUCCAAUUCCAUAUUUUAUGUUUGGAAGGAUAAGAAGGUUGAUAAAUGAAUUCCAUUUCCAUUUCUUCUUGAAUUGUAUCCAAACAGGCUGUUAAAAAACAAAAACUGUGCUCCUCUAAGGUAUAUCAACGGCAACUUCUGGGUUUUCAGUUCGAAGCGGGAGAACGAUGUUUAAGAAAGCAGUGGAGGCGAAAUCGCAUCAGAGGCUAUCCGGAGCUGACCGAAAGAAGCUCAAACGAAACCUCAAGAGACAAAUUCCCGCGUGCUUCUGAUGCCGAUAUGGACGUCUUAUUCCCACCCAAGGUGGAGAUAGCAGUUGCUAAGCUUCGUAAUCGGGUCCUGGUUUAUAGUGUUGAAGGUGACUUCCUCAUGUUGUUCGACAUUGAUGGCAGGGGUACUGAGAUUUAUCCCACAGUUUUUGCUCUUUGGAGAGUACCUGCACUCUUGCCUUCUUUUCUGUUGAAGGGAGGUGAGGUUUCUCUAUUCAUGCUUGGAGGUGCUGAUUUGAUGUUCCCGGGCAUUAGUGUGCCUGCUGAAGGACUACCCUCCUUUAAAGUUGGUGAAGUAUGGUCUGUGAAAGUUCCUAGGAACCCAGCACCUGUUGCUGUUGGGUUAACUACUUUGAGCAGUACUGAAGCAAUGAAAGCUGGUCUGCGUGGCAAGGAUUUAAGAAUAACACACUAUUACAGGGACUCACUUCGGUUUCUUGGAGGAUAUUGUUAUUGAGGAUCUGGCUGCCUCUCUAGUGGCCCAAGAUUCUGAUUCAGCUGAAGGUCUUGAUCGUCAUUCUCCACAUGAUGAACAGGACGGCAAAACAACUGACGAAGUUGAGAAAUUGGCUGUAGCAAAUGACGCAAUGGAUCAUCUUCCUUCGUCAUCAACCGAAGCUUCCAAAAGUCAAGUUGAACAAUUAAAUGUAGAGGUUGGUAACUUGAAGGUUUCAGAUAAUGUUGGUGAUGAAUCAGCUGCUGAGGAAGAACAGCAUACCUUAUCUGCCGAGGAAGUGGAUAGUUUGUUGGACAAUUGUCUUCUGCAAGCCCUUCAUACGACUGUUAAAGACAAGGAUCUAUCGAUGCCUGGAAGCACUUUAUGGUCAAAUCAUAUUUUUCUUUGCAGACCUUCUGGUAUCACGUUGGAUAUUAAGAAAUCAACCUACAAGAAAUUGUCGAAGUGGUUACAAGCCAAGUCUUCUGAAAAUUAUGAAGGAAGAUAAACACAAGAAGGAAACAGUGUUAGUUUCUGUUAACCGAAACCACCCGGACUACACAUCCUUCAGGCCGGAAAAAAGGGAGGAACAGAAAACCGAACAAGCAACCAGUGGAGGAAGCCAAUCACAGCAGACACUUGAAGUGGUGGAGAUAUAUAAACCGAGUUCUCACGUGAACCCUAUUUUCCCUCUGUUGGAGCGGAUACAGGGAGGCUCUACAGUGGUUCAGAAGCCUCUGAUGUUGUCUUCCAGUACGUCGAGAAAGAAAAUCUGGUGAAGCCAACAGACAAAUCAACUGUUGUCUUGGAUCCACCACUAUGUGAUGCUCUGUUCAAGGGUGCCAUCAAGAAAGGAUCGACAUAUCACAAUGUGAUUCACAAGAAAGAUCUUGGAUCGACGUUUUGGCAGGAUGCAGCCACACCAUUUGGUGAUUAGAGGGGGCGAGUCAGUGGUUGGCAAAGGCACCCUGUAAAGUGUACAGAUAGUGACAGAGAGGCUGUCGGGUAACAAGAAGGUGGCGAAGCUCUCGGGCGUGGAAUCAUUCUUGAUCGAUGCGGAUAUGCUGGCAUCCGAACUGCAAAAGUUUGCUUGCAGUACAUCAGUUGGAGAGCUCCCAGGUAAGAAAGGGCAUGAAGUUCUGAUCCAAGGAGGUAAAAUUGAUGAUGUGGCACGGCUUCUGGUUGAGCACUACGCCAUUCCAAUGAGAUACAUCGAGGUUAUGGAUAAAACCAGGAAAUGAGUCUGUAGGAGGUUGAUGAAUGCAACUUGGUCGUUGGACAGUUUUACAUUCGGCGAAUUCACAAUUUUCGACUGUUUCGCUGUGAGAAAAGUCUUGAGGAUGAAAGACUCUCUCCAUGCCUGCGCAUCUCAUGAAUUCACUCUCUGGGUCAUGGAUAAUGUGAAGUGGGAGUACGAUGUUUUUGUGUGCUUCAGAGGAACCGACACCCGCAACGGUUUUACUAGCCACCUCAUGGAAGCUCUCUCCCGUGAGCAAAUCAAAGUCUUCCUUGAUGACAUGCUCGAAAAAACAGAGUGCAUCGACGUGCUGAUCACUUUGCUCCGAAGAUCAGCACUCUCGAUUGUGAUUUUCUCGGAAAAUUUCGCAGACUCAAGCUGGUGCCUGGAUGAAGUGGCCACCAUUUCUCAAAGCAUGGAAGAAUUUGGCCACCGGGUACUUCCAGUUUUCUACAAAGUGGACCCCUCCGAAGUUACCGAAGAUUUUGGAAGCUAUGCUAAUGCCAUUGAGCGGAAAUAUGGAGCCAGACCUCCAAAGUUUUGGAAAAGGAAGCAUAGAGCUAGUAAACCUCUGGAGGAUAGGAAGAGAAGGCUGGAUGCUUUGAAAGCUGUGGCUAAUUGUGCUGGACAUACCUCGCAAGCAAUCAAGAUUGACUCUGAGUUAAUUAAGGCAAUAGUGAACGAUGUUCUGAAUAGACUUGUAGACAUGUCACCAAGAGUAAAGUCUAAUAUAUUGAUUGGCAUGGAUGCUCGCGUUUCUGGGGUUGAACGCCUAUUAGCUAUGAACGAAGAUGCAUUUCGAAUCAUUGGACUUUGGGGGAUGGGUGGUGUAGGAAAGACCACUCUAGCUAGGGUUUGCUAUCAAAGGUAUACGUCCUUGACUAAAGAAAUCAAGCAUUACUUUGUUCGAAACAUCAACCAAACUUGUGAAAAGGAAAAUGGAAUGGAAGGAAUCGUAACAAAACUCUAUUCAACCCUAUUGUCCGAAAGUAACAUAAAUUUUGAUGACUUGGAUGUUAGUUAUAGAAGAAGUCGACUUUCCCGUUUGAAGGUGUUCCUUGUUUUUGAUGAUCUGGGAACUUUGUCACAAUUAGAACAAUUGUUGUUGGGAGAUCUCUUGAGUUCCACCCAUCUCUUUGCCGCAGGAAGUAGAAUUAUUUUUACAACUAGAAAUCGAAUGGUGCUUGGAAAUGUAGGGGCUAGGAUUUACCAUGUUGAUUUUUUGGAUCCUGAUGAAUCUCUUCAACUCUUUGGUAUACACGCAUUUGGAAGGUGCCUUCCACCUGAUGAUUGGAUGGAAUUAUCACAUCGGGCUCUAUCUUAUUGCAAAGGAAGCCCUUUGGCCAUAAAAGUUUUUGGAGGUGCAUUAUCAGAUAAGGACAAAAAUUAUUGGCUGAGUUUCUUAGGUGAUAUGCGACAGAUUCCAACCCCAGGAAUCCAUGAUGUACUGAAGAGAAGCUACAACGCACUGGGAGUUGAGGAAAAGAGAUUUUUCUUGGACAUUGCUUGUUUCUUCUACGGGACAGUAAAAUCCAUAUUGAUACAAUAUUACCAUGCCCAUUAUGUACUCGAGAAUCUAAUCGAUAAGUCCUUGUGCAUUUGUGUGAGGGACGAUCUCGGUGAGAGGAUUCAGGUGCAUGACUUGCUAAGAGAAAUGGCUUGGAGCAUUGUCAAUGAGGAAACAAAACUCGAAAACCGCACUAGGUUGAAGAAUAUUGAUGACAUUCACAAACUACUAACAACAAGCUUGUCCACAAAUGGAGGUAGAGCAACUGAGGGCAUAUAUUUGGACCUUUCUCAAGCCAACGAGAUGCGACUGGAAGCCAAUGCCUUUGAAGGGAUGACUUCUCUUAGAUUUCUCCGCUUCUUCUAUCCACGAAAUGAGUAUGGAACUAUCAAAAUUCAUGUAUCGUAUGGUGGCCUUCACAUUCUUCCUAAUAGUCUGAGGUGGUUGAUAUGGCACAAAUUCACUGCAAAAUCUUUGCCAUCAACAUUUUCCCCUGACAACCUUGUCACACUUUCUCUACGAGGUAGUCCAGUAAUGGAAAGAUGCUGGAAAGUUGAGCAGGCAAAGCUUGUGAAUCUAGUGUGGCUUGACCUCUCCAACUGCAUAAAUUUAGUUGCGAUCCCGGACCUAUCGUGGUCGUCGAAUUUAGAGUACCUCUAUCUCCAAGGAUGCAAAAGCCUAACUGAGCUGCCAUGUAAUGUUGGAGAUCUAGACAAGCUGACAAGACUCGACCUAAGUGAUUGUACAAAUCUGCGGAGUCUUCCGGCCAACCUCAACUCGAAGUGCCUCAAGGAUGUUCGAUUGUCUAACUGUCCCAAGAUCACUUCUUGUCCGGAGAUCAGUUCAGGAGAGUUGGAGGUUUUGGAUUUAACGGAGACACCUAUCAUAGCCUUGCCAGCUGCAAUUUACAAUAUAAAGCAGGGUGGCUGGUUACGUCUAUGUGGUAAACACAUCUCCAACUUCCUUCCCAUUUCAGCAAGCUUGAAGGUGUUUCGCUUGUGCCAUACCGCAAUGAGAGAGAUGGAUUAUUAUAAUGAUGAUGAUCGUCAACAAGUGGGUUCUUUGCCAAGAUUUGUCGACCUGGAUUUGGUUGGCAACCCCCCAACUCAAGAGCUUGUCAAGGAAUAUCUGGAAGAUGGUCUCUGACAAACUUGUUCUUGAGGAUUGCCCAUCGAUUGAAAGUUUGCCGAAAAUCUCACAGCCUGUAACUGGCUUGACUCAUCUUAUCAUAAAAGGAUGUCAAAACCUGAAGAGCUUUCCAACUGGUAUCAACCAUUUGAGAUCUUUGCAGGGACUUCAUUCCACUGGCACGGAUAUUAAGUCCCUGCCUGUUUGCAUCCAGGAACUUCACCAGCUCUCCCAUUUAAAUUUGUCUUCCAACAGAAGUCUCGAGUUCAUCCCGAACAUCUGCAAACUUGUCAAGUUGGCCUACUUGUCCUUGACAGACUGUUUAAGGAUUCGAUGUUUGCCGGAACUCCCACCCAAUCUUCUAACUCUGGAUGUAAGUGGUUGUGAAUUGUUACAAUCCUUACCAAACAACUUAGGCAGGCUAAGAUUGGAGUCUCUGUUCUUUGAAGAUUGCCCGCAUUUGGACACGCAUCUGCCUAAUGAAAUGGUGCACAAUUUCCUUAAUCAUGCAGUGUUGAAUCCACAUCCUCAGGGUGUUCUUCAAUACUCGGGGAGUGAGAUUCCAUAAUGGUUUGCUUACAAAAGUGGGAAUCAUGAGAAUCAUACAUGUAUGAUGGUGCAAUUGUCUCCUCCAAACUUCACCGUUAAGCGGCCGAUCAAAGGGAUUGGAUUUGGUGUUGUGUGUUCUUCGGUUGUUGGGCACGUUUGGAUAUUGAUCACUUGCGAUGGCAACGUUGGCACCACUACCGCUGCCUCUUUGAGUUCUCCUAUCUUCGGUUUGGGUCGAAACCAAUCAGAUAACAUGUUUAUGUGGUAUGACAAGGACUUGUUGGGUGGGACCAAUGAAGUUAUACGAGGAGAAGCAGAACCUUGGUAUGAGAGAUAUGAUGGGCGCUCUGUCUCCUUCAGAUUCACCCCUAAACUGGAAGAUGGAGAAGAUUCUGAGAAAUUAAAGAGCAUCAAAAUCAAAGGGGUUGGUGUCUCCCUAAUGUACUAGCCUGCUGAUAGCUAGUUUGAUGGUCUAGCUAUGAUUCUGGUAGUCUGGAUUAGUUGUUUCUUACCAGGUUACGGCCUGACUCUUGCUAGUUCAGUACAAUGCUUGUUGAGGCAUUCUUCCUUUAGCACAUUUUUGGGCCUUGAUGAUAAAUUUCCUGGAUAGAUGAAACUUUAGUACGUGACAGUUGACAGCUUUCACUCUUGUUUUUUCAUGUUUUGCCUUGCAGACCUUCUGGUAUCAUACUGGAUAUCAAGAAAUCUACCCACAAGAAAUUGUUUUUAAGUGGUAAGUGGUAACUAGCUAAGUCUCCUGCAAAAUUGGUUCGUUCUGGUACCAUCUCCCUGACACACCAACAUUACAUUGUUUCAUGAAUAACCUGAACUCAACCAUUGAGCGCGAAUCUGUGAUAGCAAUCAUCAAGCUCUUGUAGACAGCAAACUUGGAACUCAAUUAAGUGGAUUUGGGCAUAGGCAGUCAUCAAUGUGUAGCUUCAUAUCUUGGUAACAGUUACCAAGAUGUUCUAAGCGGGAAUUGCUCAUCAAAACCUGAACAAGCAACCAGUGGAGGAUGCAGCCACACCAUGUGGUGAUCAGAGGCGGCGAGUCAGUGGUUCGCAAAGACGCCCUGAAAAACCGUACAGAUAGUGACAGAGAGGAGGUCGGGCAACAAGAAGGUGACAAAGCUCUCGGGCGUGGAAUCAUUCUUGAUCAAUGCAGAUAUGCUUGCAUCCGAACUGCUGAAGAAAUUUGCUUGCAGUACAUCAGUUGGGGAACUCCCAGGGAGGAAAGGGCAUGAAGUUCUGAUCCAAGGUGGUAAAAUCGACGAUGUUGCGCAGCUUCUUGUUGAGCACUAUGCCAUUCCAAAGAGAUAGAUCAAGGUUCUGGAUAAAACCAGGAAAUGAGUCUGUAGGACGUUGAUGAAUGCAUUUGGCCGUGGGAUGGCUUUACAUUUUGCGACUUCAAAUGCUCCAUUAUUCGUUUGUUUUCGUUUAAGGUGAGCUCCCAGAGGUCGUGGUGUCUAUGCAAGGAAGGAUGCAGUCGAACACCAUUGUUCAUUUGGAAGCAUUUGAGUUCUAAUUUUGUUCAUUGUAGUGACGUUAUUAGUAGUUUACCCACUCGUGAAACCGUGCUCUCCUGUUCUUCUAUUCGCCUUUGUAAUCAACGGAGUUACCAGGCUAACGGGCAGCUAUAGCGACAGUAUCUCAGUAUCUGCCUAUGUCCUGUAACCACCACCACCACCAGGACCAGCAAAAAAAACACUGGUUUGCAUACCUGCUGCAAAGGUUCAUUCGUCAUUUUGAUUGGACCGUGUUGGAAAAUUGCACGCGAU